CUCUCUGCAUUCUUCAAAUCCCCGCAACCCUUGAUUUUUAACAUCUCGCUCUCUUUCAAGCUUCAAGCAUUCAUCAUCACUUCCAUAUAUUGCAACACAAAAGAAGAACAACAGCAAAAGUGAAACACUAAUCAAAAUGUCAGCGAAAUGCAGCCAAAUCCGACACAUUGUACGUCUCCGGCAGAUGCUGCGGCGGUGGCGCAACAAGGCCCGAAUGUCCGCGAACCGUGCACCACCGUCCGAUGUGCCCGCGGGGCACGUGGCGGUGUGCGUGGGCAGCAACCUCACCAGAUUCGUGGUGCGCGCCACGUACCUGAACCACCCCGUCUUCAAGAAGCUCCUCCUACAAGCAGAGGAAGAGUACGGCUUCACCAACCACGGACCCUUAGCCAUCCCCUGCGACGAAACGCUCUUCCAAGACGUUCUCCGGUUCAUUUCCCGGUCCGACCCGGCCAAAUCGAACCGCUUCUUAAACCUCGAACUCGACGACUUUCAGAGACACCACUGCCACGUCGGCAUCAGCAACAACCUCGACUUCUGGCCUGAGUCCAGACCACUCCUACAUGGCCCCACUGACAAAACCAUCUGGUAAUUUUUCAAAUCCAACCAAACUAAACCGUUAUUUUGAGCAUAUUUGAGGGUUCGGUUCAAUGGUGACUCGCCCGAGUUUUGCAAGGUACGACAAUUCAAUUAACCCUCAUUUUGGUUGAAAUUUGAGUUAUGAUGAGAAAUUUUUUUAUGUAAUUAUUAUCAUUAUUACCUCAGGAAGAUGGGGUGAGGGGAUUUUAAGAGUACAUAGGGAGAAGCACAUUAUUACAUUAAGAUCUCAUUUUAUUAUUAGAUGUUAGUGAGUGUAUUAUUUUUAUGUGAUUUGUGCGAGAUCCAUUAGGAUUGGUCUAGUGGUGACGGUUGAGAUAGAUGUACGAGGAUUUAUUACAUGUUGGGUCCUUGUUAUCGUCAUUGUACACCAAAAACAAAGAAUGGUUUCACAAAAAUGUCGAUCCAGGAGAUGGCAAAGGGUUGGAGUCGUCCCGGGUUCGGAUUGGAGUGGAGGCUGUGAUUUCAUGGCUAUUUUCAAGCUGAGAUGAGUCUCUAACUAUGCUAAAAUUGUGAAGUACUAUUGUGUAUGUAUUUGAUUUGAUUUGAUGAAUGGAAAUGAAAUUAUAGAGAAAUUUCAAAUUCAAUUCAAUUUUUUUUUGUUUUAAUUUUUCUGUACAUGGAAAAAAAGGUGUGACUGUUCAUGGUUCGAUUAAAAAAUAAAUAAAAUUUUGAACUGGAAUAUCAUCCCCAGUUGAUGAAUUUUAAAUUUAACAUAUUAAUUAUUUAUGUCUAAUAAAUUAAUUUAUUGGAUUGAA